UUUGCAGCUCAGAACCUGAAAAUGUUCAAUCUGAUCCAAAGAAUUAUACUAGUCUUCUUGUUACAUGGGAAAGACCUCGGGUUGUAUACGACACCACAAUUGAGAGAUUUGCUGUCUUUUAUCAACGAUUGGAUGGAGAAGACCAGUCUAAGCAUGAGUUUCUGACAGAUGGGUAUCAGGACUUGGGGGCUAUUCUAAAUAAUCUGCUGCCCAAUACAAGUUAUGUUCUUCAGAUAGUUGCUGUUUGCUCUAAUGGUCUCUAUGGAAAAUACAGUGACCAAGUCAUUGUUGAUAUGCCUUUAGAGGACCCAGAGGCUGACCUCAUUCCUGAACUGAGUGAAACUGAAGAAUAUGAGGAUGAAGUUGAUGAAAAGGAAACAGAGGUGGAUGAAGAACCUGCAGUGAUUCCUAGCACUGACAGUACAGUAAACCAAAUGAGGAAAGAUUUCCAGGUGACUACAUCCAGCUACAGCCAAGACCAAAUGGGGACAAAACCCAAUGAAGCUAAAACAAAUAGAUACUUAACAAGAGAAGAAGAAUUGCAGGGUAAGAAUGAUGUUUUCAAAGCAGUUUAUUACUCUACUUCUCCACCUGUUAGUGAAAUUUCUGAAGAAGAGGAAGAUCCUCUUUUGGAAUCCCGAACAAUUACUGGAAUUCCUCCUCAACUCGUUGACUCCACCAAAGGCGUAGAAGAGGAAUACAUAUACCUUUCUUCAGGCACUGAGCCGACAAGAAUAACCGCUACUGGCCAUAGUGACGAAGAUUUCUUAUUGUCUCCUUUUAAACCUCAUCAGGAAUCUGAUGACUUUUGGAGUUCGGUUCUUACCACUUCUUCAGCACAGCUGGUUACAGAGGAGACCUCCCAAGAAGACACCCUUCCUUCAGGAAGCCCAGAUACAAGCAUGCAUGAUGUUCUUUUGCACGGCUCCAUUAAGUACAUUUCAGAAGGCGUAGCAUCCUCAAGCUCCAAUGAGCCUCCAAAGCAGACUUCUUCCACUGACGGAAGUUUAUGGUUUCGGAAUGCCACAGAUCUGACAACGCAAUCUGUUGAUAUAUUGGAUAGCAGGCAAUUGUCUCAGACCAGUUACACUGAUGUUUAUGUAGAGGGAUUAAAGCCAGCUACGGUGCCCUAUUCCAGCAGCCCAGUGGUUUCACAAGACACUUCAGAUGCGGAUUUAGAAUUGCCACAUUAUUCUACCUUUGCUUUCUCCUCUGCUGAAUUAUCACCUCACUCUCUCUCUUCAAGCUCUGGAGAAUAUGGUUCUGCUUCUGCUGCCAGUGAGGUACUCUCUCAGACAACUCAACCAGUCUAUAAUGGUGAGAUACCUCUUCAACCUUCCUACAGUAGUGAAGUGUUUCCUCUAGUCACCCCUUUAUUGUUUGACUCUCAGAUGCUCGACACUACCCCUGCUACAUCAGAUAGUGAUGUGACCUUGCAUGCUACACCUGUAUUUCCCAGUGUUGAUGUGUCAUUUGAACCCACCCUGUCUUCCUAUGAUGAUGUACCUUUGCUUACAUUUUCCUCUGCUUCCUCCAGUAGUAAAAUGUUUCACCGUUUGUAUACAGUUUCUCAAAUGUUUCCGCAAAGUGCUACUCCAGCUGUUGCAAGUGAUAAGGUGUCCCUGCAUGCUUCUUUGACAUUGGCAGAGGGUGAUACAUUAAUACAGGCAAGCCUUGCUCAAUAUGCUGAUGUGGUGUCACAUCAGACUACUCAUGCUGCUUCAGAGACACUGAUAUUUGGUCAUAAUAGAACUCACAUGUUUUCUCAAGUUGAACCAUCCAGCAGUGAUUUAAAUAUGCAUGUACUGUCUACAAUGUCUGAACUUCCUUACGCUUUGUCUAGUAAUGUGGGCUCCCUCCAAAGCUUUACUGUUUCCUAUGACUCCGCAGAAUUUGUGCAUGAUUCUGUUGACGUAUUUCGUCAAGAUCCUUUAUUUAGCGGCUAUAACAAUGUACUGGUGCAUAAACCUUCUUCUGUAAUGUCACAAGCUGAUACUCUGCUGCAGCCUACGCGCUCUCUAUCUAGUGAUAUGGAUUGGUCUGAAGCAUACUCUGGUAGUGAGUCCCUUUUGCCUGAUACAGAUACUUUGACGGUACUUAACGUUUCUUCCUCUGAUUCUGUAGAUGAAAUUACGUAUGAAUCAUCUGGGUUUAGUGAUGUUAAUAAGAUGCUUCAAAAAGGUGAUGUUGUAUAUGGAGAUGAGAGAGAACUGCACAUUUCCUCUUCUUUAAGUGAAAUGGCUUCCAAUGCUGAAAGUAAAGUGAUACCUGAACUUUCUACAUCUGUUUCUAAUAAUGAUGUAAUUAAGCAGAACACGUCUCUGCAAGAAAGCCCACUUCCUGUUUCUAGCACAAAGGGAAUCCUUCCAGUCUCUCUUGCUUUUCCCACUACUAAGAUAUUUGAUCCUGAUAUUAGUAAACUUACAGAAAAUCACCUUUCCGUUCAGCCUUUGCAUGUUACAACUCCAGCCUUUGAUGACACUUUGCUUAAACCUAUGCUUAGUGCGAGCUCAGAUCAAGCUCUCUCUGCCCCUGCUUAUAGCAAAAUGUUAUCCUCGACUCAGCCAUACUUUCAUGAGACCUCAGCUACAUUAAAUAACGAAGUAUUACUGCAAUCCUCCUUCCAGUCUUCUGGCGAUGGCACUCUGCUUAUCACAGCUGCAGUUGUGCCUAGUGAUCCAAUAUUGGCUGAAAGCUCCAGGGUUCAUAAAGAUAGUUCUACAUUUGACCAAAUAUUGCAUCAAAUGGCACCGAGUUCUGCUACAACUGAAACCAUGCUGCAUUCUACAUCUGCACCUUCCGUUGCUGAUAUGUUGCCAAACACUUUUAGUCAGCCCACAGCGUCACUUCAAAGUUUAUCUGUUUCUUAUGCAAGUGAGGAAUAUGUUUCAUCCAGUUUGUUUAACAGUGAAGAUGCUCAGCAGGUUAUGCCUUCAUUGUACAGUAGCGAUGUUUCAUUCCAGCUGACCAGUUUAGAAAAUAUAAAUGCCUUUCCCCCCCAAGCAGCGAAUGCCGUAACAACUCCCUUCCUAACAGGUGAUCCAUUACCACAUGUAGCCACUCCUGCAGACAGCCGUGUCUCUUCAAGUGUUUUUGAAAGAAGUGAGGCUGCCAGUGUCUCUUCAAGUUCUACGCUUGGUUUUGACCCUGUUCAUAUGCCUGCAGUUGUUUCUGAUUCUGAUGUGUCCAUUCAUCAUACUCUUCCUUUACCAAAUGUACAUAUUUCUGUUACGGCUGAUCCACCCAAAAGUGAGAUCCCUGUAACUUUGAGUAGGUUGCUGGUUCCUUCUAGAGAAUCCUCUGGGUUGUCUCCCAGUAUCAUGUCCAGUACCGAUAUGUGGCCUUCUGUAGUUGAGGAUGACUACGAUGAAUAUGACGAUGGCUUCCCUGUAAGUAACUGUAUCUCAUGCACUUCCCAUAGAGAAGCUCAGGAUAUGUUAGUAGAGGAACAAAAUACAAAGGUAAACAAUAACAAGGAUCAGAGUAACCUAAUUAUAAGCUCACAUUCUGAGAAACCUGAAGAAGAAGAGAAAAUUUCAACUGCUGCAGCAGACAGUCAGAUAAACCAUGCCACGGACAGACGUAAUUAUACAUCCAUACCGACUUUGACAGCGAGUGUGAUACCUGAGAAGCACAACGACCCGGCAGUUUUGGAGAACCACAUUCAGACUGCUAGUGUCCCAUUGCAGAACACAUCAGAGUCUAAGUCUUGGGCUGUUUUUACAAGUGAUGAAGAAAGUGGUUCUGGCCAAGGUACCUCAGAUAGCCUUAAUGAUAAUGAAACUUCAACAGAUUUCAGUUUUCCUGACCUUAAUGAGAGAGACACUGAAGGGGCAGUUGAAGCAGGUAACUCAGAAUUAACUCCUGGAUCAUCACAGUCAUCAGCCUCAUCUGUUACUAGCGAUCACUCAUCAGUAUUCAACAUCUCUGAGGCAGAGGCAAGUAAUAGUAGCCAUGAGUCUCGUAUCGGUCUAGCUGAGAGUCUGGAAUCAGAGAAGAAGACAGUUAUACCGCUUGUGGUCGUAUCAGCCCUGACUUUUAUCUGUCUAGUGAUUCUUGUGGGUAUUCUCAUAUACUGGAGGAAGUGUUUCCAGACGGCUCACUUUUAUUUAGAAGAUAAUACAUCACCUCGAGUGAUUUCUGCUCCCCCAGCUCCAAUCUUCCCAGUCUCAGAUGAUGUUGGAGCAAUUCCAAUAAAGCAUUUUCCAAAACAUGUUGCAGAUUUACAUGCAAGUAAUGGUUUUUCUGAAGAAUUUGAGGAAAUCCAGAGCUGUACUGUAGAUCUAGGUAUUACCUCAGACAGCUCUAAUCACCCUGACAACAAGAAUAAGAAUCGAUACAUAAACAUUGUUGCUUAUGAUCAUACUAGGGUUAAAUUAGCACAGCUUGCAGAAAAGGAUGGAAAACUGACUGAUUACAUUAAUGCCAACUACGUUGAUGGCUACAACAAGCCAAAAGCCUACAUUGCAGCUCAAGGGCCACUGAAAUCAACAGCAGAAGAUUUCUGGAGAAUGAUAUGGGAACAUAACGUAGAAGUUAUUGUGAUGAUAACUAAUCUCGUUGAGAAAGGAAGGAGAAAAUGUGACCAGUACUGGCCUGCCGAAGGUAGUGAAGAAUAUGGGAACUUCUUGGUUACUCAGAAGAGUGUUCAUGUGCUUGCCUAUUACACUGUGAGGAAUUUUAGUCUUAGAAACACCAAGAUCAAAAAGGGUUCCCAGAAAGGGAGGUCUAGUGGACGUAUAGUAACUCAGUACCAUUAUACCCAGUGGCCUGACAUGGGUGUUCCGGAAUACACGCUGCCCGUUCUCACCUUUGUGCGGAAGGCAUCGCACGCCAAGCGCCAUGCUGUUGGGCCUGUUGUGGUUCAUUGCAGUGCUGGUGUUGGAAGGACAGGCACAUACAUAGUGUUAGACAGCAUGCUGCAGCAAAUUCAGCAUGAAGGGACAGUCAACAUAUUUGGAUUCUUAAAACACAUACGUACCCAAAGGAACUACUUGGUGCAGACUGAGGAGCAAUACAUCUUCAUUCACGAUGCAUUGGUCGAAGCAAUACUCAGUAAAGAAACAGAAGUCCUUGAAACUCACAUUCAUGCCUAUGUUAAUGCUCUCCUGAUACCUGGACCAACAGGAAAGACCAGACUGGAGAAACAAUUCAAGUUACUGAGCCAGUCUAACACGCAGCAGUGUGAUUAUUCAACUGCACUCAAACAGUGUAACAGAGAAAAGAACCGAACUUCAUCCAUCAUUCCUG